AUGAGGAUAGAGGAGCUCAUUAUAGAGGGCUUCAAGUCCUACCCUGUUAGGACCCAAAUCUCGGGUUGGGACCCAUCUUUCAAUGCAAUUACAGGCCUGAAUGGUUCAGGCAAAUCGAACAUUUUGGACGCGAUUUGUUUCGUGUUGGGUAUCACAAACAUGUCUGUGAUGCGAGCGUCGAACCAACAAGACCUGAUUUACAAACGAGGCCAGGCUGGUGUUACAAAAGCCAGCGUUACCAUUGUAUUCGACAAUUCCGACCCCGCUCAGAGCCCGGAUGGCUUCCAGGCUUAUAAGCAAAUUACAGUUACCCGACAGAUUGCCAUGCCCAAUAUCACAAAGUGGCUUCUCAACGGCCACAAAUCCCAGCAGCAGCAAAUCCUCAACCUCUUCCAAUCCGUCCAACUCAACAUCAACAACCCUAAUUUCGUCAUUAUGCAGGGUCGAAUCACCAAAGUUCUCAACAUGCGUCCGCAAGAAAUCCUCGGCAUGGUCGAAGAAGCGGCUGGAACGCGCAUGUUCGAGGAGCGCAAAGAGAAAGCGCUCAAGACGAUGAAGAAGAAAGAGAAAAAGGUGGAAGAGUUGCAGAAUGACCUUGACAACGAGAUCUUGCCCAAAUUGGAGAAGCUGCGUGCGGAGAAGAGGAAGUUUAUGGAGUACAAUAAGGCGGUGAGCGAGUUGGAGCAUAUUGCGAGGAAGUUGAAGGCGUGGGAUUAUGUCGAGCUGCAGGAGAGGGUGAAGACGAAGGAGAUUGAUAUUCGGGCGAAAGAGCAGAGUAUAACCAAGGCGCAGCGGGAGAAGAAGGCAGCAGAGAAGGAGGCCGGGGUUGCGGAGAAGGCGUGUGCGGACCUUGUGGCGAAGAGGAACGCCGAGAUCCAGAAGGGCGGGAAGCUGAAGGGAUUGCAGGCUGCGGCGGACAAGUUGGAGAAGAUGAUUACAAAAUUGCAGACGCAGGCGGAACUCAAGGAGAAGGAUAUUGAAGAGGAGGAGAAAAAGACCACGGAGUUGGUUGCUGAGAUUCAGCAGCUCGAAGAGAGUCUCAAGGAGAAACGCGCUAAAGCUGAGAAAGUCGAGAAGGAAUACCAAAAGGUUCGGCAGACGAACACUGACAUGGAGACCAAGAGCAAGUCCGAUGAAGAGCUUCUGCAAACACUCCUCACCGGCCUGUCUGGUGGUGGCAAGGCCAACAACUCCGGAGGCGGCUACAUGGGUCAGAUCGCUGACGCCAAAUCGCGCAUGGCUCAAAGCAAGACGGAAGAAGACCAGAACAAGAUGAAGCUCGAGUUCUCGCGGAAGGAGCUGAAGGACCUGGAGGCCAAGAUGAAGACUUGCCAGAAGGAGGCCCAGGACAACCAACGCAAGCUCGCCUCGGUCAAGGCUGAACUCGACGAGUUCAAGACGCGGUUGACGAAGCUUAACUGGAGCGAUGAGAAGGAAGCGCAGUUGGAGCACAAGUUGUCCGAGCUCCGCUCGUUGGUUAGGAAUCUUGGAGAUGCUCGGGACAGGAAGAAGCAGAGCAUGGGUCGACUCAAUUUCGAGUAUAACGAUCCCUACCCCGGUUUCAACCGCAAUGCUGUCAAAGGCUUCGCAGCUCAGCUCAUGACACUCCCGGAAGAACACUUCAACAAGACGACAGCACUUGAAGUCACCGCUGGAGGUAGACUGUACAACAUCGUCAUCCAGGACGAGAAGGUUGGCAAAGACUUGCUUGACAGAGGCAGGCUCCGGAAACGCGUCACUUUCCUCCCACUCAACAAAAUCAAGGGUCGUACUAUUGACCCAGCGAAACUUGCAACCGCUCAGAGGCUAGCCCCAGGAAAGGUCCGCACCGCCCUUUCACUUGUUGUUUACGAGCACGAGGUUGCCAAAGCCAUCGAAUUCGUGUUUGGCGAGACGCUCAUUUGCGACGACUCGGACACUGCCAACAAGGUCACCUUCCACAAGGACAUUCAAGUCAAGUCCGUCACUCUACAAGGCGAUGUUUACGAUCCUUCUGGCACCAUGAGUGGAGGGUCUGCACCGCAGGGCAAUGGCAUGCUCAUCCAGGUCCAGCAGUUGAUCAAGGUCGAGCAAGAGUAUAACGAGGCGAGGUCCAAGCUGGCGGCUGUUGAGCAGGAGGAAAUUCGGGUCAAGGGGUACAGGCAGGCGUGGAAGGACUUGAAGCGGGAUAUUGAUCUCAAGGAGCAUUCACUCAAGUUGUUGGAGGAGCAGAUUCAGGGCAGUAACGCCUCUAUGAUCGCUGGUCAAGUCGAAAAUGCGAAGAAGUCGAUUGAGGAGUAUGAAGAAGCCGUCAAGACUGCGCAGGACAAGCAGAAAGCUGCAAAGGAGGAGAUCAAGAAGCUUGAGAAGGAUAUGGCUGAAUUUAAUAACAACAAGGACGGCAAAAUCGAUGAACUGAAGGCUCGCAUCAAGAAGCAGAAGGCUGAACUGCAAAAGUACGCCAGCACGGUUAGUACUAAGCAGCGUGAAUAUUCUACUAUCAAGCUUGAUCUCGAUCAACUCGAAAGCGAUUUUGAAGCCAAGCAAAAGGAGCUGGAGGAGGCCAAGGAAGGUGUCACCGCCAUCAAAGAGGAAUUUGCUGCACUUCAGACUGAGAUCAAGGAAACGACCGACGAAUAUCAAGUCGCAGAUGCCAAACUCAAAGACGAGAUGGCGACCCUCGACCGGUUCAACAACGAGAUCAAAGCCCUUGAAGCGACGAUUAAAGACAAGAAAGCUUCGGCUGAUCAGCUCGAUUUGGAACUUACGAAGAUGAAGCACGAGUUGGAGAAGCUGGCGGCGGAGAAGCAGACGAGUGAGAACCACAUUGCGAAUUUGGAGAAGCAGAAUGAGUGGAUUGCCGAGGAUAAGCACUUGUUUGGCAAACCAGACAGUCGAUAUGAUUUCGACAAGGAGAAUAUCGAAACGCUUCAACAACGGAGGAAAGAACUUCAGGAUCAGCAGAACGGGAUGAAGAAGAAGAUCAACCACAAGGUCGUAAACACUCUGGCUGGUGUCGAGAGUCGCGAGAAAGACAUUCUUGCGAAGUUGGACACUGUCAUGAAGGACAAGGGAAAGAUUGAGGAAACGAUCGCAGAACUUGACCGUUACAAGCGAGAUGCUCUUCAAAAGACCUGGGAUAAAGUUAACGGCGAUUUCGGAGGUAUAUUCGCCGAACUUUUGCCAGGCAACUUUGCAAAACUCCAACCACCGGAAGGUCAAGAUCUUAUGGACGGUCUGGAAGUCAAAGUCCAGCUAGGCUCUGUCUGGAAACAAUCUCUGACGGAACUUAGUGGUGGCCAACGUUCGCUCAUUGCCUUAUCUCUCAUCAUGGCUCUCCUUCAAUUCAAGCCUGCACCGAUGUAUAUCCUCGAUGAGAUCGACGCUGCACUCGAUCUUUCGCAUACCCAACACAUCGGUCAACUCUUUCGAACGCGAUUCAAGGGCUCUCAGUUCAUCGUCGUGUCUCUCAAAGAGGGGCUGUUUACAAACGCGAAUGUAUUGUUCAAGGCCAAAUUCCGUGACGGGACAUCAAUCGUUGAGCGCACUGCGCAAAGGUCGACGUCGGCUUUGUACCAGGACGAGAGGAAUGAUGAUGACGAAGAUGGGCGUAAUCGGAGGAGACCAAGAAUUGGUAGGAGCUAG